GUCUUCGUACAGUCUUUGCUUUAACCCGUUCCAACUCUGUCCGCCGCUCAGCUCGUUGGCUCUCUAUAGGAAUCGAAUCGAAUCACCUAGUAUAACAGCAGCAGUAGCAUCGUUUCGCCGUACCAUCGUAGCAUCGUAGCAUCGUAUCAUCGGGUCGGUAGCCCGUGUUCUUCCCUGGUUCCGUGCAGUUCAGUUCAGCCGUCAUCGAAAGUUGGCGUCGCAGUCGCAGUUGCCGUCGCCGUCAGCGCCCAAAACCAACCACCGCCACACACCUCCGCCAACGCCAGCGACAUCCUCUCCACCACCGCUUGUAGCAACAUCAGCAGCAGCAGCAGGAGCCAGAACGCCAGAACACCAGAACAGCAGAACAGAACACUCUCUCACACACUCCACUCACUCACGAAUUUCAAUAUCCAAAUCAAAGUCGGGUUCAAAUCGAAAACAGCCGCAACAGCAGCAACAACGCCUCGCAAGCAGCACGCGGAUAAUGAUAAAAAGAAAAUAACACGCGCAGUUCGCAUCCAGUGCCCGACUUGAACAGAUCACAUCAGUCCAGAUCCAGAUCCAGAUCCAGACCCAGACCCAGUCCCGAGAAUAUUGUAAUCGAAGCUUCUCAGUUCUCCGUUUGAAAAGUAAAAUCGAAUCGACUUCCGGCUUCGUGGUGUUUUCACUUUUUGCGCGUGUGAAUCAAAUUUAAAGGCCCAUCCGAAAACUCGACUCUAUUUUUCACUUCCCAGUGUCUCUAUCGCACCUUGCGCUCUCUGAAAUAGCCAUAAUUACAAGAUCCGCAACAGCAGCAAUAAAACCUAACAAAAAAUUGAUUGAAAAUAAAAUCAAGAGAAUCCACCAAAAAAUAAUAAAAACUUCACUUCUCAUCCAACUUCAACGACUCUGACUCGACACUUAAUUGUAAGCAGAGCUCAUAUAUUCACCAAAACACGCAAAUCAACAAACCCUGUGCAAUUUCCCCAACAACCAAACCCGUCAAGAAAAUACCGACAAAAACCGAAAAUCUAAAACUCAAAACGCGCCAAGCAGUAUAAACUCUCUAAAAACAACCAAGUGCUAAAACCGAAGCUGAGGAAAUUUUAAUCAACAUUUGUUGCCAAUAAAACUGUCAUCAUUGCCGCGUUAACAGAAACCACGGCGUCAGCAGCGAUUGCAGCGCUCAGUAUCAGCAGCAGCUCUCAAGCGUCGCUAGCCGCCAACGUCCCCGUCACGCCCACACCCACCACGCCCACACCGCCGCCCACUUCGUCAGUGGCAGGAGCAGCAGCUGCGGUAAAAAGCGAGAUCGUUGCAUCCGAUUCGGCCGACUCCUCCCCUAUACAAGAUUUAAUAAUGCGCGGAAGCGACGAACUUUUGAGUCAAGCAGCAGUCAUGGCGCCCGCUUCCGACAAUAACAAUCAGGACCUGGCCACAAAGAAGGCCAAGCUGGAGCCGGGCACCGUGCUGGCCGGCGGAAUUGCCAAGGCCUCCAAAGUCAUCCACUUGCGCAACAUUCCAAACGAGUCCGGCGAGUCGGAUGUGAUUGCCCUGGGCAUUCCGUUCGGACGUGUGACCAACGUGCUGGUGCUCAAGGGCAAGAACCAGGCGUUCAUCGAGAUGGCCGACGAGAUCUCCGCCACGUCGAUGGUGUCCUGCUACACAGUUAAUCCGCCCCAGAUGCGCGGCCGCAUGGUCUACGUGCAGUUCUCCAACCAUCGCGAGCUGAAGACGGACCAGAGUCACAACAACUCGGUUGUCCAGAGCGACUACCGCAUCCAGUCCCCGGCGGGCGGAUCGCCCCUGCCCCUCUGUGCCGCCGCCAAUGCGACCAGUAACAAUGCCAACAGCUCCGGCGACAGCAACAGCAGUGCCGUGGGCAUCUUGCAGAACAACACGAGCGCAGUGAACGCGGCCGGAAACAACACGAACUCGGCCGGAGGACCCAACACCGUGCUCCGUGUGAUCGUGGAGUCGCUGAUGUACCCCGUCUCGCUGGACAUUCUGCACCAGAUAUUCCAGCGCUACGGCAAGGUGCUGAAGAUCGUCACCUUCACGAAGAACAAUUCAUUCCAGGCGCUGAUCCAAUAUCCGGACGCCAACUCCGCGCAGCACGCCAAGUCGCUCCUGGACGGGCAGAACAUAUACAACGGCUGCUGCACGCUGCGCAUCGACAACAGCAAACUGACGGCGCUGAAUGUGAAGUACAACAACGACAAGUCCCGGGACUUCACGAACCCCGCGCUGCCGCCAGGUGAACCGGGGGUGGACCUCAUGCCCACCGCCGGAGGACUGAUGAACACCAAUGAUCUGCUACUGAUCGCCGCCCGGCAGCGGCCUUCUCUCACAGGUGAUAAAAUAGUCAAUGGCUUGGGCGCCCCGGGAGUCCUGCCGCCCUUCGCCUUGGGCCUAGGCACUCCGCUGACCGGCGGCUACAGCAACGCCCUGCCCAACUUGGCCGCCUUCUCGCUGGCCAACAGCGGCGCCCUGCAGACAGCCGCUCCCGCCAUGCGCGGAUACUCGAAUGUUCUGCUCGUCUCGAAUUUAAAUGAGGAGAUGGUCACGCCUGAUGCUCUCUUUACCCUCUUUGGUGUAUACGGCGAUGUGCAACGUGUAAAGAUUCUGUACAACAAGAAGGACUCGGCACUCAUUCAGAUGGCGGAGCCCCAGCAAGCUUAUUUGGCCAUGUCUCACCUUGAUAAAUUACGUUUAUGGGGCAAGCCGAUACGUGUGAUGGCCAGCAAACACCAGGCCGUGCAGUUGCCCAAGGAGGGACAGCCGGACGCCGGACUCACACGUGACUACUCGCAGAACCCGUUGCACCGCUUCAAGAAGCCGGGCAGCAAGAACUACCAGAACAUUUAUCCGCCAUCGGCGACACUGCAUUUAAGCAACAUUCCUUCAUCCUGCUCUGAGGAUGACAUCAAAGAAGCCUUCACCUCAAACAGCUUCGAAGUCAAAGCAUUCAAAUUUUUCCCGAAGGACCGCAAAAUGGCGCUGCUGCAGCUGUCGUCUGUGGAGGAGGCCGUGCUGGCGCUGAUCAAGAUGCACAACCACCAACUGUCCGAGUCUAACCAUCUGCGCGUGAGCUUCUCCAAGUCGAACAUCUAGAAUCCGACCCGAAGUCAGGUUUACUGAACCUGACUGGGUGCCUCCGGCGGGUACAGCUACAUGCAGAUGCACCAGCAACACCUACAGGUCUAUUGGCAGCAACAGAUACAAACUAUAAUCCGUAGUACAAGAAGAAUGCACGCAAACUUCUACUGAAAAGGCAGACGCCAGAAGCACCACCCACCCAAUCCAACAGAACAACCAGCGGCAACAAUCGAUGCAUGAGCUAUA